CUCUUUAAAUGAUUUAAAAACUUUAUUCUGAAAACACCCCGAUAUUUUGUGUUGUUUGCUUAGCGGUAUCAAAGAUUUAUAUCAUACAUUCUGAUUCAUAUAACAGCUCAACGGAACAUACAGCUCGCAUAUAAUCCCCAACAAAAGACAUACAUGAUAAUUCAUAAGAGUCAUUCAGCGGAACAUACAUUAUAGCUAUUAUAGAAACCUCCACAAAAGAAAUAGAUGAUGCGCAGAUAACCACAUGCACAUUCGACAACGAGCGCCUGGGUGCCAAGAUAAGAUAGUCUGGAUAUAAGCAAUACCCCUUCAGGAGUCCUCUAACCCGGUCUAUUUCCCAGGGCGAUGAUCGAGCUGAUUUUAACAUCCAGCGUACAACAACAAAAUGUCUAACUCAGUUAACAAUCCCAUCAUUUGAUAGAAACUAUUACAGUGAAUUCCAUUUAUUUGAUUUAUAAUUCUUUCUAUUUAUUCUAUAUCGUUUGUAACGACGAGAAAAUCGAAUGUGACUAGCUGCGACAUCGUUAAUUAGCAACACAUUAUUGUAAAUCUGUAUGGGUAUGUCAUCGGCUACGUCAUUCGACGCUAAACGAUCGCUAAAAAUUGCCAUCCCAAAAACAUUCCUUGUCAUACAAGUAUCUACUGUUUUAAUUAUGUUUCCAAUUCAGUAGUUCUGUGUCCUUUACGUUGUCCGAAAACGGUUGUUCAUUGGCGAAUUAUAUCAGGGAUGAUAUUUUUCUAUAGCGACAUCCAUAUCGUACCUGUUUACAAUUUUCAAAACGUUUUUGUAAGAUAUAUUUCUCCUGAACGAGAUAUGUGACCGUACCUCUGGCGAUUCCAGGAGUCUGUGUUUGCCGUAAUUUCGUAUUCUUCAUUAGGAUUUAUGAGAUUGAUCACUUUCCGUUAUCAUACCUUUUUCAUAUGGCAAAUUAUUUGCAAAAAAAAAAAAAAAAAAAAAAAAAAUUGCUGCAUCCAAUUUCUAGAUCUUGCGUAACUCGGAAUUAGCUAGGAAGAUAUACAGCCAGUUGUCUGAAAGAGAGUGAAACAGACUGACGGAAAAACAGUCUAGCAGACGUAACACACAAUAUACAAGCGAUUAAUAUAGAGUUAAUAAUUGAUUGAUUUGUCUAUUCAUUUUUCUAUUUACUUUAAGGAAAUUUUACUUUACGAAUACCAUUGUGGAAGUCAUGGAUGGACGGAAGCCCUGCAAAAUGACAACUCUAUAUCAAGCCUUUUUGAUCACCAUUAUAGUUCCAUCGUUAAUGGGACUUCCAACAUCUUCCAACAUUUAUAACAUCAGCAUCACAACAGAAUGUCCGUUAAAUACCACAUCCCAUAAAGAUGCCAAAUUGAGAAAGAAUUGUAGUGGGAACACUCGAUAUAUGUGUGCCCCUUAUAAAGACCUUUCGUACCUGCUUGAGUAUUGCACCUCUACCAGCCGCUCACUCUUUAUAGAAGGAAACUGUUUGACACUUCAGGGCAGUGGCUUCCUUGACACAUUCAACUGUAAAAAGAAAUUCGUAAAUGGUUGUCCAAACACCAGUUUCCAUGAUGAAAAUUUGUACAAGUUUCCCGCCUGCAACUUAAUCAACACAGACCAGAAAUGUUUUCUUGCCGAAAAGAACUGUUUAACUGCAAAAAGAAAGGAAACGUCGACAGUACCAAUACCACGCACAAUGAAAACAACCGAGUCCGAUGAAUCCUUUAUUCUCCCCACUGUAUUGGCUGUAUGCUCGAUUUUACUUGUAUCUGCAUGCAUCACUUCAUUUGUCAUCUGGAAACUCAGGAGAGCAACCAGAUCUAUAUCUGAAGAUGAAGUUCCGUCAUUAGAGGGUAACUUAGAUACUAUGAAGGAAAUAUACGAAAGGACAAGGGAAACCAUGGUUCCUAUUUAUUGUGUCAAAGGUUACGUUGUUGGAUAUUCUGGGCUGAAAGAUGACCUGCUAAAGUGUCUACAACACGUUAAACAUAUAACGUUUGACACGGAUGACCUCAAACCGAUAUUUACAUAUCCGAAUAGAGGAAGUAGUUUAAAAACAACGGGAGCAAAAUUAUCAAAGAGAAUAGAUACACAUGCAAAAAAUCAGGAUUCUUGUCAAGAUAGUGAAACAUUCGCAACACUACCAAUGUUGAACGACGAUGAUGUGGAAGAUGGAAAUGAGCAGACACAACUUCAGCUUAAUGAACCAAGUCAUUUCAACAAAGUACUUAAUCUCCGUGAUUUUUCUGGCAAAAGUGAUAGCUUUUGUCUGCAGCAAACUUCCUUAUGUAAAGAUGUGUUCUAUAUCUUUGCCAUAGAUAUGGCACAAAAGUUAGACGAGCCGUCUCAAAACGCCAUUGAAGGUCGCAAGUGGAGAAAGCUUCGAGAUUAUUAUGCCCAGUGGAUGGACAUCAUUCUGACUUAUCGAGAGGAAUUGGAACAGGACUGUUUGUUUAUUUUUGUUGCAACAAACGCAGACAACCUUUCUGACAAAGCUCAACAUGAAUAUUUUGCCGAAUUAUGGGAGAUGUAUGAACAGAAAUCUGGAAAAAGAAUAGAUGAAAAUGUAAGACAUAAAAGAGAAUGUGUUUUUAAAAAAAGUCACCCAAAAGUUUUACCAUUAAAAGCCAAAAAUCGUGUGUGUCAUUGCAUUGAAAACUCGCUGGAGAAAAACCCAAAAUGGGGAAUCAUGCAUCCUUUAUUUUGGAGGGUGAUUCAAAAGUUUAUUUUGGAGAAAAGGAAAACAUAUCCAUUGAUGAGAAGAGAUGACUUAUUUACGUAUUGCGCUUUCAUGGAAGAAUCUGAAUUUAUCGAAAUGCUUGUGUACUUUAAUUAUAUUGGUCUCGUAGUAUUUAUAGAUAGAGAGCCAUUUCGGAACAACGUGAUUCUCGAUGUUGGUUGGUUUUGGAAUGCUGUAGAAAAAAUGACUAAUACUCAUUACUUUCAAAGGAAACAUAGCUGUGAUGCAAGGCAUUUCUUGGAGACAGGGCUAUUAACACUUCGUGAAUUUAAUGAAAUAUGGAAGGAAAAGGAAAACAAAUCUACAGAAUGUGGAAGUUUUUUACAAUCACUGGAAAUGGUGGCAAAUUUCACCGAAACAAGCGAAACAGACGAAGCUAUUUACGUUCCUUGCAUGAACAAAAAACCGGUUGAUGACAUGUCUAUACGCUUUAGACAAUCGUCUAUAUUGUGCUUCCGCUUUCAGGUUCUACCAGCAUGCUUGUUUCACCGCAUUGUGGUGCAUUGUAUUGAGAAAAUGGACUGGGAAGUUCGCACUGAUAAAUGUGGGAAAAACUUGUUUGAUUCUGCAGCAAUUUUCAAAUUUCAAAAUCACAAUAUUCUAAUUGGUUGCAAUGGAAAUCUUGUGGAAGCAAGGAUUUUUACAAUAGAUACAAUGUUUAUAGACACUAAGCUUUCAUUGGAUGUCAGGAGAAUCCUGGAGGAUUUUCUGAGAAAUAUCACUAUAGAUAUUUACCCUACAGCUCUUUUUCAAGUCGGAUAUCGAUGUAAAGUCCUCGCAAAAUUUUGUGACUCAAGCGAUUCUUGCUUUCUCACUGAAGAGCAGUUGUGUGAGAGUAAUCAUCAAGAGUGUCCACAAUGUUCAAAGAUGAAUCCACACAGUAUUCAAGCCGAUAGAAUACUAGAAUAUUGGACGGAAGUUUCAGAUCGAGCACAACUCAAAGAAAAUUUAGAGGAAGACGACGAAAGGGAGCAAAUGGACGAAGACAACAAGGUCGCUUCACCCAUUUGGAAGGCAUGCAACGAGGGAAAUGUUACACAGUUUAAAUAUGAGUAUGGAAGAAAACAGGCGAAAAAACAGUUAAACCGGGGGUUCCUAAACAAACAUGACAAAGAUGGAAAAACAAUUUUACAUAUUGCAGCCAAAGGUGGCUCUUGCGAAAUAUUCGCAGCACUUGUUGAAAUCGACAAAAAUUCUGUGUUGGAAAGAACGGAAAUAGGUCAGACAGUUUUGCAUAUUGCUUGCAAAAACGCAAAAUUGAAGAUGUGUAUUCACUUGUUAUCUAAUUAUCCAAACCUUCUUCGCAUGGAAACUAACAGAGGCUGGAGUGCUUCUCAUUUUGCUGCUUGGGGUGGAGAUGAUGAAAUAAUGCAAUACCUGGAAGAAAAGGGACUUGAUUUAACAUUGAACACUUCGGAAGGCUAUAGUAUUCUACAUAUUGCUGCAAAAUACAACCGAUAUAAUAUGUGUGUCUAUAUCUUGAAAAAUCAUUCGGAACUCCUGGUACGUAAAACGGAAGAUGGACUGAAUGUUGCACAUUACGCUGCAAAACGAUGCAAUUUAAAGCUUUUGCAACUUCUUGAAGAGGAUAUGAAUAUCUUGGAGCAAACUGAGAGCGGGAAGACAAUCUUGCAUAUCGCUUGUGAAACAGGCGAUACUACCUUUUUCAAUCAAAUUGUCGGAAUGUGUACUCAGAUUUUACAAGACGUAGAUAAAGAGGGAUGGAAUGCACUGCAUUUCGCUGCUAAAAGUGGAAACGUUGAAAUAGCGAAGAAGCUUAUCAAAAGAGGAAUACAAAGUGUAAAGGCGUUAGAUGGGAAAACGAUUUUACAUAUUGCCUGUACAUACAAACAUUUUGAAAUGUGUAGACACAUUAUCAAUAAUUUUCCUGAUUUGAUUAACAAGUGCAAUUUCCGAGGGUGGAAUGCAGCUCAUUACGUAGUCGUUGACCCCCCCCAAAAUGACAGUAUAAAGAUUUUAGAUCUUUUAUUGCAAUUUCAUAUCAACUUAGAAAAGGUUACUGAUAGUGGAAACACUGUUCUCACAAUGGCCUGUUGCUAUAAAAACACCAAAAUCAUCAAGCACUUGGUACACGAAUACCCUAACCUUCUACAUAUUUCUUCCAGAAAAUCGCUUUCAGAUGCGGUUAAUGACUCUAACGACGUAGAAAUACGGACAUUAAUUGAUGAAGCUGUAAAACGAAGUUCCGUGUCUUAAUCAAAUCAAAAUGAUUAAACAUUCAAUUUGGAUGCACCAGUUCCGUGGAAGUCAUACGAUCUUACUUCGUUACUGCUAAUGACAGCUAUUUCUUGUAGUAGCAAAGUAGUCGAAUUACAUGUUAUGUGAACUUUUCGCUUCGUGUACGUUAACUGAUGUAUCUAUAGAUAAAGAUCUGAUUACUUCUAUGAACUCUCUUAGCGGGAAAAUCCAGAGUCACUCCAUGGUGAUUGUUUUACGUCUACCUUUCUUAUAAAUCUAUAAUAUAUGUACAAAAUGUAUGCACUUAGUACACGCAAUAAGAUGAAAUAAUUUAUGUUACCUGUGCUAUUAUUCUAUUUGUACUAAUCAUGUAAGUGCCAAAACGUGUACUUUUAUAUUGUACUUGCAAUAAUCAUUCAGAGACAUGGAUGCGAUUUUGAUCGUUUGAAAUUGACGGGAUGUUGUGUUAUAGAAAUGAAGAUGUUUAAAGAUAA